CUGAAUUGCCCCCGGCAACCUUCUAGCAUACGCGAGAUCGAUAUGUCUUUCAAGAUUCUGGACUUCAAGUGUGCUCUGGUCACAGGUGGUGCAGGUGGCAUCGGCCGCGCUAUCACAGAGUACUUCCUGUCAAUCGGCAAGAAGGUUGUCAUUGCUGGCAGGACCGAGUCCAAGCUCAAAGAUACAGUCAAGGAGAUCAACAAUCCCAAUCUGUCCUACUACACCCUGGACACUGGCGAUAUCUCCAGCAUCCCAACGUUCAUCAAGACGAUUACCAAGGAGCACCCUGAUGUAGAUUGUCUAGUUAACAAUGCUGGCGUUCAGCGACCCCUAGAUGUCAACGAAAUGUCGUCGGAAGAAUUCCUCAAAAAGGCAGAUCAAGAGGUUGCCAUCAACAUCAACGGACCUAUGCACCUCGCCAUUGGUCUUCUCCCACACUUCAAGAGCCACAAGUCAGGAGCUGUAAUCAUGAACGUGUCCUCCGUCCUCGGUUACAUGCCUUCCAGUGUCAUCAAUCCUGUUUACAAUGGCACCAAGUCAUGGCUACACUUUUGGACUAUGAAUCUUCGGACGCAAUUGCGUACUUCCAAAGAUGGAGGUAACAAGAUCAGAGUGGUUGAGAUUGCUCCACCUACUGUGUCUACGGAUUUGCAUCGCGAACGUGCGGACCCGAAUGACAACAAAAAAGAGCAGAAUUCGGCUGCACUUUCGGUUCAAGAGUUUAUGGAUGAGGUGACGAGUGCCUGGAAGAAGGACGAGGAAGUUAUUAGUCCCGGCCCAGCGAAGCAGGUGGUCGAGAAGUGGUACAACGCCUAUGGUGGCGACUAUGAGAAAUCUGCAGGCGAUCGAGGCGGUCGUUAAGAAGGCUGUAGUUGUCUCAGGGUACCAAGGACAUUUCGUACAUGGGCACCACGAGGACCUUUUGCAAUAUGUAGGAGAGAGGAAUCAGG